AUGGAGACUGCAACGCCAACGAGCUCCACCAAGGCCGUAUCGCCAAGGUCGAAAAUCCCCAUCAUCAAGUCCUCUCCGAUGAAGCCACCCCUCAAAGUUCCCCUCAAGCUCCAGCGUGGCGCCCCCAACUACGCCCAAAUCGCCUACUUCAAGGUCUCCGACAGCCUCCAGACGUCGUCUCGCGCCCCGUCCCUUAAGGCCCUAGACAUCACGCGCCUCCCCGACGACCUCAAGCUCAUCGGACCGGAGAACUGGGCGCCCUGGUCGAGCGCCAUGAUGGCCAUCGCCGAGCUCUCGGGCUUCGACGUGACGGUGCUGGAAGAGACGCCGCGGGCGGUGCACGUGAGCUGCUGGCACAACGCCGAGAAGACGCGGGAGGAGGUGCGCGAGGGCAAGAUGCUGGGCCUGCUGAUCAAGUUUAACAUUUCGGCGCAUAUGAACGACUUGGUGAGUUUGACGAUGGACGGGUAUGAGGUGUGGAAGGUGUUGAAGCUGUAUUGCGCGAGGUUCGUGGAGACGGAUCCGUCGAGGAUGUUGAAGAGGAACGGGGGCUGCAUUCGCAUUUCAUAGGGA